UCUAGAACAAACGUCAGAAUCUCCAAAGAUUGUCGAAAUUGUCGGCGUGUGAAAAUUCAGUAAAUAUCGACUCGUUUUGUAGAAUUGCCCAAAAAUAUAAGUAAUACAUUUUGUGCAAGGCAAGCGGCACCAAAAAAAAAUAUUGCAACAUUCAAAGCUCAGUGAGCGAUCGAUUUAGUUAGACGUCAGCAGCAGAAGCAAAAGCAGCAAAAGCAGCAGCAGCGGCAAGUGAAUCAUUCAAAGAAGCAAAGCAUUCCAAGAAAAAUGGUCAAAGCACCGGCAAUUGGCAUUGAUUUGGGCACCACCUACUCCUGUGUGGGCGUCUGGCAGAACAAUAAAGUGGAGAUCAUCGCCAACGAUCAGGGCAAUCGCACCACACCCAGUUAUGUGGCUUUUAACGAUACGGAGCGUCUCAUUGGCGAUGCGGCUAAGAAUCAGGUGGCUAUGAAUGCCAAGAAUACGGUCUUUGAUGCAAAGCGUUUGAUUGGACGCAAGUUUGAUGAUCCGAAAAUAAAGGAGGACCUCAAGCAUUGGCCCUUUAAGGUGGUCAGCGAUGGCGGCAAGCCCAAGAUCGAAGUGGAGUUCAAGGGCGAACGCAAGCGCUUUGCACCCGAGGAGAUUAGCUCCAUGGUGUUGACCAAAAUGCGUGAGACUGCCGAGGUGUAUCUGGGUGCCAAGGUGAAGGAUGCGGUGAUUACGGUGCCAGCCUAUUUCAAUGACUCGCAACGUCAGGCCACCAAAGAUGCGGGCUCCAUUGCGGGCUUGAAUGUGCUGCGCAUUAUCAAUGAGCCAACAGCGGCUGCCUUGGCCUAUGGCCUGGACAAGAAUCUCAAAGGCGAGCGUAAUGUGUUGAUAUUUGAUUUGGGCGGCGGCACCUUUGAUGUCUCCAUACUCACCAUUGAUGAGGGCUCGCUGUUUGAGGUGAAGGCCACGGCGGGUGAUACGCAUUUGGGUGGCGAGGAUUUCGAUAAUCGUUUGGUCAAUCACUUUGUGGAGGAAUUCAAGCGCAAGCACAAGAGCAAUCUGAGCAGCAAUGUGCGCGCCCUGCGGCGUCUACGCACCGCCUGUGAGCGCGCCAAGCGCACAUUGUCCUCCAGCACGGAGGCGUCACUGGAGAUUGAUGCGCUGCAUGAGGGCAUUGACUUCUAUUCGAAAAUCUCACGCGCACGCUUUGAGGAGCUGAACAUGGAUCUGUUUCGCUCGACGCUGCAGCCGGUGGAGCGUGCGCUGAACGAUGCCAAAAUGGACAAGAAGGUCAUACACGAUGUGGUGCUGGUGGGUGGCUCAACGCGCAUACCAAAAAUACAGCGCCUGCUGCAGGAUUUCUUUGGCGGCAAGCAGCUCAACUUGUCCAUCAAUCCCGACGAGGCGGUGGCCUAUGGCGCUGCCGUGCAGGCUGCCAUAAUGACGGGCGUGGGCAGCUCACAGAUCCAGGAUUUGCUGCUGGUGGAUGUAACGCCGCUGUCGCUGGGCAUUGAGACCGCUGGUGGUGUCAUGACCAAGCUGGUGGAGCGCAAUGCGCGCAUUCCCUGCAAGCAGCAGCAAACCUUCACCACCUACAGCGACAAUCAGAAUGCGGUGACCAUACAAGUGUACGAGGGCGAGCGAGCCUUGACCAAGGAUAACAAUUUGCUGGGCACAUUCAAUUUAACCGGCAUACCGCCAGCGCCACGUGGCGUGCCCAAGAUCGAUGUCACCUUUGAUCUAAAUGCUGAUGGCAUACUGCAUGUCAGCGCCAAGGACAGCAGCACUGGCAAAUCCGAGAAGAUCACCAUAACCAACGACAAGGGCCGUCUGUCCAAGGCCGAGAUUGAUCGCAUGUUAAGCGAGGCUGAGAAAUACAAGGACGAGGACAAUCAGCAGCGUGAGCGCGUGCAGGCGCGCAAUGGCUUAGAGAGUUAUAUAUAUGGCUGCAAGCAGGCGGUGGAUGAGGCACCCGCUGGCUCAUUGGACGAAGCUGAUCGCAGCAAGGUGCGCGACAAGUGCGCCAAGGAGUCCGCCUGGCUGGAUGGCAAUACGCUGGCCGACAAGGAAGAGUAUGAGCAUCAUUUAAAGGAAUGCCAGCGCGUCUGCACGCCCAUCAUGACCAAACUACACGGCGGCGCUGCUCCAAAGGGCAAAGCUGGCGGCAAAUCCAGCACCGGACCCACUGUCGAGGAGGUUGAUUAGGCGACUGUAUUUCGCUACAAAUGAACGCGAACGAUUGUAUUAAUGCAUAUGUAUGUAUUUGGAAAAUGUUUAAAUUAAAAGUUCAUUAAGCAAACGCAA